GCUGCUGCACAUUGAACCUCCAGUCACUGUCGGCAUCUCCGCGUGCAUACUUACCGUCCGCCUGCACACCUGUCACCAUGAAGACCGCUCUCGUGCUCGUUUUCAUCAUGUCCACCUGUGCUUUGUCUGCUCUGUCAUUGGCUGAAGAUGAAGUAAAGCCUCCCGCCACAGUGGGACCUGUACAUUACUUUAGCUCCCCCCCUGCACCUUCCAAAAAUGGCACCACACCCAACCCCACCAACACCACCACCACAACAAUAACAACUACAACUACUAACACUACUAAAACUACCAAACCUACAACUCCCAAAACCACCACAACCACCACCACCACAACCACCACCACCACAACCACCACCACCACCACGACAACUACAGCAGCUCCAGUGACUACAGCUCCUUCUCCAUCGGGUGGGGUGGCCGUAGGAAAGUACAACCUGACAAAAGACAAACAAGUUUGCGUGAUGGCUCAGAUAGGCCUGAAGAUCCGACUGGUAACAGCAAAGGCCAAUGGGAGCUUCACCAUUAAUCCAAAUCAGACCAAAGCUGAAGGAGAAUGCAAGGACCCCACUGCCAACCUCACCCUUACCUUCCGUCAGGGCUUCAUCACUCUUCUGUUCAACAGGAAUGCCACUGCAAAAAAUGUCUUUGUUAGUCAGCUGUCUUUUGAACUUAACUACCCCCUCAUCAAAGGAGCUGCAAACACGCCUUACAGAGCAAACAACAAGACUCAUCUGUUUGCUGCAAGAACUGGUCGCUCCUACUCUUGCAAGGAAGAAUCCAUUUUCAUGGGGAAUGGACUCUACCUGGAUGUCAGUCAAGACAGAGUUCAAGCCUUCAACUUCACCAAGAGCAAUGAGUUUGGCUCCUCCGACUACUGCCCCGCUGAUCAGCCGAAUUACAAAGUGGCAAUCGCCGUGGGGGUGACGUUGCUGGUGCUCAUCAUCAUCGUAGUGGUGGCGUACCUGAUUGGACGCAGGAGGAGGUCCGACGGCUACCAGUCUCUGUGAGGCGGGUCAAAGGUCACCCCGAGGUCCUUCCCAUUAUAAGCCAAAGUCAGUGAGGAUCCAGUCUUUCUCAGGGGCUAAAGGGCACCUCUGUUCAAACCCUAACCUGACUUUUUCUUUACCUGUGUAUGUUUACCUAAUUCACUGUACUGAUAGUGUUUUAAAUAAAUAUGUAUGGAGUCUGGAGUGAGCCAAAAAAUAACAUACAGCACCUUAUUACAGAUUAGAAAACCACUGAAAAAAUAAAAACAUUUAAAGGAUUUGUGUUAAAAAAAAAAAAAUCAGUUUGUCAUUUUAGGAUUAGUCAUCAUUUAAAACACAAUCAGAAAAAGAAACUUUAUUGGGGGUACUUUCUCCUUUAUAUUCCCUAUUUUACUUCUAAUUAGCAAAUAUAGUUUAAGGCUGUGAAAGUAAGGUUUCCAGUGGCACAGUGCAGGCUCCAUACAUAGCACUUCUGAAGGGGAAGAAUAUAAGGACAUGUUUAGAAUGUAUCCAGGAAAUGGGCAUUUAUUUGACUAACGCAGACAGACCCCACACGUUUCUUCUCAAAGUAUACACUUCCAUACUGGUACACUGAAUAUAACCAUGACACAUUUAUGCAAACUGACCUAAUACACACAAACUUAAAACUGACCAAAUAUCUCAGUUAUCAGUUUAGUUGAAGUGCUUCCCAUAGAUGCAUGAAUACCCCACACAUUCCCAUCAUGCAACAGUGGCCUGGUACUGUUCUAUGUAAAUGGGAUGCAGCUUGUCUCUACAGAUGCAUAUUGACGUCCAUAUUAAUCUGCAUUAUUAGUAUAUUAGUUGGAUAGCUUUUGGAAUGUUAUGUUGUUUUGUUUAGAAGAAUCAAAUCAUCGCAGCUUUUAUAUCCUCCAGGGAUUUUUCUGAUUAAUUACUCAUUACAUUUACAGGUGGCGUAACAGAGGUUUGCAUUAUUAAUCUGCACAAAGGGAACACAUGUAAGGGAUUAUUUCUGUCUCACAUUAAUUGCACUGAAUGCUGCCUCAUCUGAUUAGCUUUUUGUUUGUUUGUUUUUUCUUGUUACAUGUUGCCGAUCUUUGACUAAUACAGACUCCAGUUAAGAAUCACCUGCUGUGUAUUUUUGUAAUAUCGCCUUAAACAUAUCAAAUUAACAAUAACACACUGACAGUCAUGCAUUAUUGUUCAUUUUUUAAGGUAUGAAUUUACAAACUCGAUGUGGCCAUGCAGAAGGGUUAGCUUAAACAUUGCAAGGUUGUGAAUUACAGUAUACUGUCAGCCGGUUUAGCAAGUUUUCAUUAAGGAAGUGAGGACACGUUCUGGCAAAGUACAAGAUAAGGUAUUUUUGCAGUAAAUUCACAUGAGGUUAGCCUGCAUAGCACGAAGAUGACACACCUAACAGAUGGACACUGCAAAAGUUCACAAUUGUACCUCUGCCAACAGCAUAUACAAGCAAAUUUUGGAUAAUAACAUGAAAUAAGACAGUGUAGUUGUAGUCAUGGUGACAGCGUUUGCUAUAGCUCCAGUAUGUAUUUGCAUAUGUUAGUAGUUGUGUUCUCCACCUUUGCAGCUCCAUCUAGAUGUUAUCAGUCUGACUGUAGCAUAACCCAAAAAUAUCAGAUAAUUUAUGUUUUGGUUCUCAUCUUGUCAACAACCUUUCUGUUCCAAAAUGUAAAAACCAUUUCUUUAAAUGAGGGUUUUGGGGUUGGUGUCCAAGUUCUUCUGUCCAUGUGUCAAAGUACCUCACAGUGCUAAAUCCGGUUUUCUAUGAUUAAGAGUGAAUCAUCUGAAGUGUCUACCAGAUUGCUGUGUUCACAUCUGAAAUGUCUGUUUUCAGUCUUAC